AUGAAUGUCGUUCAAGGUCUUCUGUCUGCCGUGUCGCCACUCUCAGAUGGUGACUUCGCCGACCGUCUCAACUACUGUGUUACCACUGUCGGACUUGUACUGACAUCAGCAUUCAUCUCCGGAUGGAGUUUCGUCGGCUCACCGAUACAGUGCUGGUUUCCGGCUUAUUACAAGGGAUGGUGGAUGGAAUACGCGUUGGACUAUUGCUACGUUCAGAAUACUUACUUUAUACCAAUGACCGACGUCAAAGUACACAACGCCUUUGACUUCGGCAGUCAUAUCGUCGAAAUUCCUAGUAACUACACUGAUCGUGAUACGAAACAAAUAGGUUACUAUCAAUGGGUACCAUUUAUACUCGCCGCUCAAGCCAUUCUUUUCUAUCUACCGGUGGUACUAUGGAGAGCGCUCUAUGAGAGUUCUGGCUUCAAAGUACGAGCGAUUUGUGAUACUUGUAGUAUGCAUGCGAAUAUGGAUGAAAUUUCUCGUGAUAAGAACAUGAGGACCAUAGCCGCAUUCCUGGUGGAGGAACAGAGCAUCGCGACAGUGAAAGCUGGUAAAGUAAGGCGAAUCACCAGCGGCAGCUAUAUCACCAUGGUUUAUCUGGUAAUGAAGUUCCUUUAUGCGAUGAAUACCAUCUUCCAAUUGAUUUUCCUAAAAAAUAUACUCGGUGUGAAGUCCUAUAUGUGGGGACUGGAUGUUACGAUUGAUUUAUGGCAAGGCAGGGAAUGGCCUGAGACGGGAAACUUUCCGAGAGUGACGAUGUGCGACUACGAUGUGCGAGUACUCGGUAAUCUUCAUCGACACACAGUUCAGUGUGUGCUGAUGAUCAACAUGUUCAACGAGAAGAUCUUCGUCGUGCUCUGGUACUGGCUGUGUGUCAUGCUAAUCGUGAGGUUCGAUAGAAUUCAUCCAUAUGUAUACAGUUUUGCCAAGUGGACAAUUGCGACAGCAACAACAUCGUUUAGUGGCAGAGUGCUCGUCAACAGCUUUAUCCAACAGAUCGAUCCCACUGUGGCUCGUAGUGAACAGAAACGUUCACUCCUUCAGGAGUUUGUCAUAGAGAAGUUGCGCACUGACGGUGUCUUCCUUCUUCGACUUGUCGGUGAGUUUUCUACCGAGAACUCUGGCGACAUGGUGACGUUGGCGUUGCUGAGAACGUUAUGGAAGGAUUUCAUGGAGUCCAAAAGCAAGAAUCCACCAUUUUACGCCGAACCUCUUCUUCUGUCGGACAAGAAGAUCAGCGAAUCUGAUCUGAUGUUCUUUUUGGACGCAUUUCUCAAGGGCCUCAAACCUCAAUACGAUGAUGAUUCAUGCGAUCGAUUGAACUACUACUACACACCGAUGCUUUUCGUACUUUUUUCACUCACAUUGAGCGCUAAACAGUAUGUCGGUCAACCAAUUCAGUGCUGGAUCCCUGCUCAGUUCACAGGCGCAUGGGAGCAGUACAGUGAGAAUUACUGCUUCGUGCAAAACACGUACUUCGUUCGGCCCGAUCACUACAUACCGGACAGUAUCGUCGAUCGCGAAAACAACGAGAUCGGGACAAGCACAAAGAUGUUCCUCGCCAUGAAUAAAAUGCCAAAUCACUGUCUUCAUCAAUCAAUCUCCUUCUAUUUAGGCUACUACCAAUGGGUACCAUUUAUUCUCGGUUUACAAGCGAUUCUUUUCUAUUUACCAGCGUUGUUUUGGAGACUUUUUAACUGGCAAUCAGGUAUGAACACUAUUAAAACAAUAAUAAGAAUUACUGUUUAG